AUGCCGCUGACGCAGCCCCUGUGGUGCAGGGUCCAUCUAUCACCACCAACACCACCUUCAGGACUCGUCCGUCGUUCCAUCUUGAGAGCUAGACCCCGGUUGACUCGUCCUCCACUUGCGCGUUCUUCUCCGACUCAAUUCCGAGUUCUACGCACAAGCGCCACGUCGCCCGCUCGUACUGCUUCAAAAAGUCCAUCGUAUUCCGCUCCCCUUUCCUCCAAUGUCCGCGCCCGACCCCUUCCGCCGCUAUCCCUAUUGACCACCUCAUCAACCACAACAAUAACGCCCAGCACCACACUUCCGGUCAUGGCGACGCAAACGAGAGAACAUGGUGGCCAUGGCCAUCAUCAUCAUCAUCACCAUCACCAUGGAAACGCCUACCUAACUUCAACAAAUAAGCACGAUGCUGGUGUUCGCAUCACACGUUUGGGCUUGGUUGCGAAUCUCGCGAUGGCCAUUGGGAAAUUUAUUGGUGGCUAUGUUUUCCACUCGCAGGCUUUGAUCGCGGACGCUUACCAUGCGUUGACGGAUCUGGUCUCGGACUUCCUUACUCUGGGUACUGUUGCGUGGUCGCUGAAGCCUCCGAGCGAAAGGUUUCCGAACGGCUACGGGAAGAUCGAGAGUAUUGGUGCGCUGGGCGUGAGCGGACUUCUGCUCGCUGGCGGUGUGUUCAUGGGUUUGAAUUCUGGGCAGGUCUUGCUCGAUCAGUUCUUCCCUGAGGCAGCGGAGGCGAUCUCUCAUCUGGAUCUGGGACACGGCCACUCUCACAGCCAUGGGGUAGACGUUCUUGGACCCAGCAUUCACGCUGCCUGGCUUGCGGCAGGCUCCAUUGUUGUGAAGGAGUGGCUCUAUCAUGCCACGAUGAAAAUCGCAGUUGAACGCAAAUCGUCCGUCCUAGCGUCAAACGCUGUCCACCACCGAGUCGAUUCCCUCACCAGCAUUGUCGCUCUAUUCACCAUUGGCGGAACCUACCUUUUCCAAGACGCCUCCUGGCUGGACCCCGUAGGCGGACUACUCAUUUCGCUCAUGGUUAUCAAGGCCGGAUGGGGAAAUACUCGUACAUCGCUUCUCGAAUUGGCAGACACGACGGUCGAUGAUGAAAUCAAGACUGCCGUGCAUAAGGCUGCCGCCAAAGCUCUCAGUACCAUCAACGAAGGCGGCCUUAUCAAGAUUCGGGAUGUACAAGGCAUGAAGUCGGGACAGAACUAUCUCAUGGAUGUUGAACUGGCCGUUCCGGGAGCCUGGUCUGUACAGCAGUCUCGUGAGAUCGAAGAGAAAGUUCGCUCGACUGUUGGGACCAGUCUUCGUGGGGUCAAGCGAGUCAAGAUCCGCUUCAUCCCUCUCGAGCAGGAGAGCCUUGACUUUUCCGAGGAGUUCAUUCCGCCUGAUGUUAGCAGCCAAGCAAACAUGGAGCCUGAGGAUGGCGUUGAAGAAGAAGCGCACAAGGAGCACGAGACCCGGAAAAGGCGAUAG